AUGGCGAACCUUCAACUAACACUAGAAGAAUUAUCAGAAAAUUUCCUCACCAACCUGAACCUUGUCAAUACCAAAUUUGAAAAAAGUGUACUAAAUUUUUUUAAAUUGGAAUUCGGAAAGUGCUUGAUAUUGGAAACGAGAGACACCAGAAGGUCUGUUUUAAGAAUAAGAAGAACUAUUAAACAUCUGGAUAUUUAUGGUAACAAUGUUAAUCAAAUUAUUUUAAAAUGGCCCCAAUUUUUGAGUGUAGUCAAGGAGUCAAAAGUAAUGCCAAAAUUUGGUAAUUUAAUAAUUUUGGAAUUUUCUAAAAACGAACCAGAAUUUUCCGAUUUGAGCGUUUUAGAUGCAAUAAUUGAACGCAUUAAUAUGGUGCCAGCAAAAAAAAUUGUUCUCUUAUUCAACUACCAAGAUUGUCCAGAAAGUUAUCUUAAAAACGUGAACGUUGAUGCUUAUCUCAAAAUAAACGAGUUCACUAAUACUUAUACAACGCUCACCGAUGAAAAUCUUAGUGAAAUUUUAUUUCAAUCCGCUUUAAAUGGCCGUAUAAAUCAUGUUAAUGUUUUAUUAGAAAAAGGUGCCAAGAUAAACGAACCAGGAAAUGCUGAUAGCGAUAGAACAUUACAUGGAGCUGCAGAAUUUGGGGAUAAGGCAUUAAUUUCAACACUGCUACGUCAUGGAGCAUUAAUAAUUGGUAAUAGAACAGGAAAUACUCCACUACACAUCGCUGCCAAAAAUGGUUACAACGAUAUAGUCACCUUGCUUUUAGAUCACACUAGUACUACCUAUUCAGUUGAUGUAAAUUUUAAAAAUUCUUCCGGGACCACAGCACUCCAUUUGGCCGCAGAAUUUGCUUACAGUAAAGUAGUCAAAACUCUACUGAAUCAUGGAGCAGAUAUCAAUUGUAAAGAUAACGGUGACAAUGCACCUUUACACUUUGCUGCUACUUGUCAAGAGUUGGAGGUUGUUAAAAUUUUAUUGGAAAGAGGGGCAUUGGUAACUGUUAAAAAUAAGUUGGGUCAAACGCCUUUGGAUUUAGUACCUGCGGAUUUCACUGAAGUGGAACAGUUGCUUAGCAUGGUUGGACGAGCGUCGAGACGAUCUGUCCAUUUGGGAAUGAUUUAA